GUUUUGACAUAAGGAGAACUCCAAACGAGCCUCAGCUCAUAUCCAAUAUCUCUGGCUUCACAACAUAUAAACAGUUGGAAACCUUCUAGCCCCCACCUCGUGUUAGCAUCUUACAACCCAUGCAAUAUUGGCACUUGUUUCAAAUCCCACCAUCAACAAUUAUCAUAUCUCUCCCUCUAUAUUCCCUUCCCCCCACUCUCCUAACUAUACUCUCCGUCGACUACCUACCUAUUUCCUACAACCUUCCCAACCAACUGAACAACUAUACCAACAAUAAUCAUAACCACAACCAUCUUUAACUAGCCCCCUCCGGAAAUGUCCCUACCGUCACAACGCAAAUUCAACUUAAAUGCCAACAAGGCAAAUCCUGCGGUGAGUGGAGGGCUUAAGCGUUCAAAUGCACAGCACCGCAAACACCAAGAUCUGGUCCCCCUGAUGUUCGACCCUACACAGGCACUGACAUUUGACCAGUCGUCCAACAGCUGGAAGAGACAGGAGUUCAAGCAGGAUCCUCUGAACGAACUUACUAUCCGUCCUGGUGCGGAGCAAUCUCGAAACAAAGACAAGGGCAAGCGUCCGGCGAAUAUGAAUGCAUGGUCGGCCAAGUGUGGUGGUGUUUGUUCGACAACGACGACUAUGUCCUCGAAGAGUAGUACUAGCCUCAACCCUGGAAGUGUUAGUAGUAGUGGUCAGUUGGCUGGUCCAACUCGUGAGCGCGGAAAGAUUGAGACGGAUCCGAGCAAGGUGCGGUGGCCUUUGAUUGGGGUGAGGCGUUGAUAGUUUGGGUGCAUGUUGCGGUUGGGCGGCUGGUUCCGUUCGAGUUGUUUAUCUGAGAUUGUUUGAAUCAUUGGGUUGGAUUGACUUGCAGCGCUUCGGGUGGCUGCUAGGAAUAUCAAUGUAUGAGUACAUGAGUUAUGUUGUUAUGUUGUCUUUUAGUGGCUUGUUGAGGUGUGGUCUUGGAGUUGGUGAUUGUUCAUUAUUGGGCUUUUUGUGAUAGUACAG